GCUUCUCUAACUUGGUGCUAUCUUGUGCCAGUCUAGAAAUUUGCUGAGAAAUACAGCCCUUAACAUGAACUCAUAGAAUAACUAUAAACUAAGUGACCAUCAUUAGUCAGGGUACUAUGAACUGUAUGUUCAGUAUGUACUCAGCAGGGUGGGAGUGUGAGGUCUCGGCUCAUCCAGACGGCUCCCUGAUCACUCCCCCUCCUCAGACCUCCUGUUCUGCGGGCUCCCUGCUGCUCAGACCGCUAGCUGGAUUUGCCACCAUGAAGAUACAAACAAAGCAGAUUACACUCUGGAUUCGCUCGUCGACUAUCACAAUUUAAUGGAAUCUGCGAGUCUCUUCAAAGCUAUGAGAAGGUGUGAGAAGGAUUAAGGGAAGAAAACAAACGUCGCCUCGUUGGAUCAAACUAUUAACCUCACUGGUAAGUGGACUAGUCAGCUAAGCUAGUUAGCUAGCUUUAGAAGCUACUGCAGAUACGGUGUCCUCAAGCGACACUGGGGAAAUUUAAAGCUGAUUCUGUCUCUCACGAUGGGAAACUACGUUCAUGGUAAGCGUUUUUAUAACGAGGGACAAAGCCUGAGGUCAGAAAAUCAUGAAGAAUCUGCAGAGUCUGAUAUUGUUGUCCGCUUGUCGCAGAUGGUGUUCAGUUACUUCUACCGUUAGCCAGAGUGCUAGCUGGUUAGCCUGUUAGCUGUGUGUACUUCAGUUACAGUUGACAAACGAGGUUCCGUAUUAGUUCGUUUUUGUUGUAAUUUAAUGCGAACAUAACAAGAGUUUCUAAUCAAAGGUUGGUAUUUCUAUAGCUAGUCGCUUAAACGUUAAAGAAGCUUAACUAGUUAGUCGGUUAUCUACAGGGUUUCUGUCAGUCCAGUCAGUGCACUCCCUGCCCGGCUUUAUGGGAACACGCCAAACCCUAUCUGUUUUCCUCUUAUUUAUUAAUGCUUCACGUUCCCAGUGAGAUUUAUUUCACUUUCACAACGACGUGAUACUUAGCUUUACUUGUUAGGGCGCUGCAGUGAAUUCGGCGUAUUCUGCUUUUAUUCCACACUUGUUUUUCUAGACUGUAAAUGCUGUGUUUUAUACUCGAUGGGCCAAGAAGCUGUAACAGCUCAUAAAGUGGCUUUUGCUAGAAAUAUUUGUAACUCAACCUCAAUCAAGUCUUAUUUUACCGGGAAACACAACACCUUUAACACUAUGAUCUGUAGAGGAAAUCUGUUCUGUGCCAGAGUUCAAACACUUGAGGAAAAAAACAGCACAGAUUCAUGCAAAUGUUGUGUACACAAAGAGAACAAAAACACUUCAAUGGCUGCUUCUGCAAACAAGCUUUAUGUGAGCAUGUAAACAAAGUGGGGUUUUAUUGGGAUGCCCAUAGGUAUUUGUAAAGUAAGUUCUUUGUUGAAAAAAGCCAUAAGACAUGAAGAUUGGUUAUUGUGAAACUCAGGUGCAUCAACAGGAUCAAAACAUAGAUCUCUUAUUGUCAAUAUAGACAUAAAUGGUUGGUUGAAUUGAGUCCAUACACUUACCUUUGUCCCUGUUUUUCCAUUGUCUAUAAGCCCUGCAACAAACAUAAUUGCAUGACCCACUUAUUCCACUAAUUAUUUUCUACCUUAAUAUCUCAAAAUAUUGAGAAAUAAAUGAUGUUAAGGUUUCAAAAGUUAAAGAUAGUUAAUAAGAGAGGACAGGAAAUAAAAAAAUAUUAGAAACCCUUAAAACAUUCAUCUGUUAAUUGAGAGUGCAAUAGUGGUAAUAUUGUAACUGCAGAAUGAGGCUUAAAAAUAAUCACUGAGGUCUCUUUCAUAGUGGAAAAUGAUGUUUGAUGUUGCAUUUCUUAAAUCUCUUAAAUUCCCUUUCUUUAUUUUAAUUGUCCCUCCUAACUGAUGUGUUUUUGGAAAGCACUUUGUGCUCCUGUCUUGGACAGUGUUCAACAAAUAAGAUUGUUAUUAUUGUUAUUAUUACCUGUUCAGUGCACAUGCCCACAAGAAGUGUUAAUAUCAGCAGUUGUAAUCCUCAUGGAGGCUUUAAUUGAUAAAAUCAAACUAAAUUUGUUUGCAGAAGUUUACUUUGAGUAAGAUGUUUUUUUUAAUAUCCCAAACAUUUACAUGAAUCUGUGUGAGUUUUCCUGAAAUAUUUGUUUUAGGGUUGCACAGAACAAAUGACUUUCUGAAAAGAGUUCCUGAAAAUUUCUAGACUUUCAUCUGUGCCCCUGAAAUAUUUCAGAUAUUUUUGUCCACCCAUGUCCCUCACAACCUGACGUCUUCUUCAUCCUUGGCAUCAAAUGUUUUUGUUCAUCUGGUUUGGUGUCACUCCUCCAGGUUUGCACAAAUUAAACGUCACCACCCCCACUUGUUUGCUUACUGACUUUCCCUAAAUAUUUACUGCUGCUUUCUCACACUGGCUAACACGGACUCCUAGCCAAAAUCUUCCCAGGGGGCUGGGAGGAAAUAGUUAUGUUAAGGGCAGGGUAGAAAUCUUGGCUAUUUGAAUUCGGAAGUGCAGCCUCUCCUGAAGGUUUCAGGGAGUAAGCAGGAGUCUGUGCAUGUGUGAAUACAACUCCAGACAGAUUCACAGCUGUUUGCUAGCAGUACUUUACAGGAUCCAUCUAAAAAUACUACCAUUAGAUUUUGAAAGACAAAAAGUGCAGUCUGUAAUAUCCUUGUAUGUUUCACUAUAAUCUUCCAAAGAUCACUAAAACAACAGAAACCUGCCCAGGCUGACAGAGCCAGUGCUUGAACGGAGUCCAAAGAGCCUUUGUCAACAUCUGCAGCUGUUACCAAGGAGAGACACACAUCAGAUUAUUUGCUCCCAGCAGUCUCUUUGAACUGAAGUCAUUAACAUCCACAGCACAGGACAGAUCUCUGUUUGUAAUUAGGGUCUGGCAGGUAACAUGUUUACAAGUGCAGUACACAUGUGAUCCGGUCAGCAGACGUGCUUUUCUCUGAUCUUGUUUGAUCAGAUUCUUACAAAAUUCUACCAGUGACAUUUUUAUAUGAGUGAAAAUAACAUAUUUAAGUGCAGGGGAAAACCGAAUACAGUAGCUUGUGUCCUUGAGUAUUUGAUAGAUGUUGAUGGCAGUUUAAGUUGUAGCUCUAAAAAUAGAGUAGAGCUCACAGACACCAGAUGAGACCCUGUCCUUCUCCCCAUAGCUGAGUUUGUAAUGCAGCACUUCUCAGACAGGGAAUACGUCUAUUUCCUUUUAUAGAGUUGGCAGGGUCUUAUACUGAGCCAGGAAACAUUAGUGGUAUUUCUCAACCCUUGGUGCUAAUCUUGCUUUUGCUUUCUGAACUAAAACGCAAAAGUCAGGGCUGUGUCAGUCAGAUAGUUAUCAGGGCCAAUCCAGACAUGUUCUGGUGUAUUAAUCUCAUCUAACUGAGCGUUACAGAGUCUGAUCCAACUCUCAGUUAUUACCCCAUAUGUCACACAGGUGUUUUUACUUCUAGGGGAUUUCAUACACAAAAUCACUACAAGUGCUUAUGUUUUCAGCCUCAGUCUACUGAGCCUUACACAGACUGAGCCCCACCCCUCGAAACUCACACACUAAGCAUCAGCAAAAAUAGAGCGGAAAUGUCUGUUUGUGCCAUAGACAUGAGCUGCCACUCUUGUUUGGUUUUGACACAGUCUGAGCAUCUCUUGGGGUUUUGUUUUCACUGUGUUUAAGCACAAGGUAGGGGUGGCGCUAGAUUUAGGAAAUAAUCAAGGAUACCAGUCAGUCGUUCUACAUAUAUCCAAUUCUCUGUUGAAUUUCUGUUUAUUUUCUGAGUGAAGUAAAAUUUGCUUUUUCCAGUUGUCUGUGUCAACAACACAAAUUCAGUCAAAAUGUUUUAUUGUAAGUUUAAUACUCUCACUCCUCUGCUAAGACAGGGAAGUCUAAGUUUUUAUUGGACCUGUACAGGUCAGCUGAUUGCAGACAUCACAUUGAAUGGUUGAGCCUUUUUCUAGCAUAGACUGCUAACAACCAAACUGAGACCAUUUCACUGAAAUUUAUGCAAAUCAUUGUUGAGCCUUGGAUUCAGACUAUAAAACUGCUGGUCUCACGCAGAGAGUGGAUUUUAUAAUAAGGCAGGGCAUCAUUAUUGUUCCAGUUUUAGAGCAGAUAUUAUAAUGGCAGUGGUUUUGAAUGCUCUUGUCUGCAAUUAUUAAUCUCUUGACCCCUUGAUUGUUGCUGUUGCUGUCAAUUUCUGUGGUGCAUCCCGUUGUUUUGCAAGGUACACAGAGAUAAGUUGAAGGCUCUGAUAAAGAAAGUGUUUUGGUUAGAUGCAAAGAUUCACAGGACUUUAAUGACUUGGAACUGGUUCCUUCAAGGCUUUUGAUUCCCAUCCCCCAAGUGGGACAGACUCUCUGUAUACGAAUAUAUUAUGUACCACUAGAGUAGAGCGAUGUUCAACUAGCACAGGCACAUGGAUGGUAACCUGCAAGAAGGACUGAGGGCUGGUGGUGCUAGCUCUGCUAAUAUUAGCCAGACUCUGCAAACCAGUUUGAUGACAUUUAACCUACUGACUCUUAUGAUUUUGUGUUGUGCUAAAUUUUGACAGUUUUAUGGGACUUUCUGGGUUUCAGGCUAAACUGCUUGAAAGUAGGUGGCUUCUGAACAUCCUUAAAGUCAACAUGAGUUUUCUUUUUUUAGUGCAAUCUGAAAAAAGAUAAUUUCUCGUCAAGUCUGACAUUUGAAAGAGAGCAGUUCUUCAGAUAGCUUGUGCAGAGACUGCAGGGAACAUAAAACACUGGAAGAAUCUUUAAAUAGCAAGAAAUCAUGAGCUUUAAUUAAAAGACAUCAUGAGUCAUUUUACAGCCUGUCAUAAAUGACAUUUUUCAUUAUUUCUGUUAUAAUAUAGACCAAGCAGUUCAUUUGUAAGAAGAGGGAAAAACUACUCAAAUGUUUCCUCCCUUACCAAUUCACAAGGCUUUUAUACACAUUCAUGGUUUUGUUCUUGUGCAUGUCUCUGUUUGAUCCUCCUCUGUUCGGCUGUCUGAACCUGCUACACACUAACUUACACCGGAGGUCACUCAGAGCUGUAGGUGACAGAGCUGCCAGGAUGUGGAAGUGAUACCAGCAGUGCAGUGUCUCAGAUCAGUGAUCCGCAAAGUCAGUUUUGUUCUUUAAUUCCAGACACACUCACACACACACACACACACAUCGGUAUGGAGUCAGGCGGUCCUUUCUCCUCGCUGUCUUUGUGCGGCGGCUCUGAACUGAGGACUGUGGUGGUCAUGGAGACGCCGUGUUGGAGGCCUCUGUUUCCCAGUCAGCUUGAAGAGGCUCUCUGUGUAAAUCCCACACUUCUUACUGCUUUUUAAUAUGCUGCUGAGCUGCAGGAAAACACUCGGCUGGAUUGUACAGCCUUCAGUCAAAAAAUGUGUGAGUCCUCUGCACAACAAAACGCACACAGACUCCCCUCUCUUUCCCCUCAAAACUCUAUAAAUUCCAACAUAUCCAGUUGAUAAUGUGUUAGGACAGAGUUAGUCCGCUAAUCCUCGUAGUCUAGAGGCUGAAACUGUGACAAAGUGCAUCAGUGUGUGUGUGUGUAGGUGUGUUGGUGUGCGAGGAGUGCCGUGUUUUUAUUGUGAUGUCAUGCAGAGGGAAUGCUCACCGUUGAGGGUUCGACUGUUCACUCAGAGGACGACACUGUGGGAAAGUCCAGAGUCCGUUCAUUUGAGCUGAAUAAAGGAGAGCUAAGAAUCUGAAAAAGAAAACAAAAAGUCUAUCAUUAGAGAGCAAAGGAGCAGAGGACAAACUGGUUUUAUUGAACGGAUUACUGAUGUUUUUUAGCGAAUAAAAAAACACCAAUUUAUUUAUUUGCACCCUAAGUUGACUCAUAUUUUGGUGAGGACUGUCUUUGCUUCACCUCUCUCAGUUCAUGUAUUUCACUCUGACAGUCCAGCAGCUCCUUAUUCAUCUAAAAUCUUCUAUAUGAUUUAAACAGAUGAGCUGAUUAAAAAGGUGUCUCAGGUAAAGUCGCUCUGAGUCUCUAUAAAUAAAUCUUUCGUUGCACCUCUUGUUCCAGAUCUGUUCAAAGAUGCCGGAGGUUCGAGACCUUUCUGAAGCUCUGCCAGAGAUGCCAAUGGACCCCAUCACUGGAGUGGGAGUAGUAGCCUCCAGGAACAGGGCCCCCACGGGAUAUGAUGUGGUGAGUCACUGAACACAGCUCACUUCAGGUAAAGGCUCAUUCAUGCUCCACGUGAGAUAAACAUACGGUUACAGAUGGAGCCUUUCAUCCACACUCUGCAGUCGUUUCAUCUGCACGUCUUCUGCAAGCUUUUGGACACAGACCAAACAUUUCAACGCUCUAUUUUUGAACAUAGGGUGAGCAUUAAUGAGCCUGUAGGCGUGGGCUGGUAUGAAAUUCUGACAGUAUGAUGACCUUAUGCAGAGAUCCCACGGUUUCACAGUAUCACACUGUUGCUGUUACCGCUCGAACAUAUGAUUAACACAUAGAUGUGUGUCAUUUUGUCCUCUGGGCUUUAUAAAAAAUCCCUUUGGCUUGACAGACUUUUAUCAAACUUCAAAUGUUUUUGUAAGGUUGAAAUAAAUAAAAAAGAUCUUUAUUACAGACUGAAGGAACCGUUAGAGGCCCAGAGAUUGUGAUGUCUUCUUAUCUAGAUGAUGAAUAUUCCUCCAGGUCUCGACGACAACAGACGGUCUGGAUGCUGAUCUGUGGAAAGACGGCCUUUUUAAAUCCAAGGUGACCCGUUACUUGUGCUUCACCAGAGUCUUCUCGAAAGAAAACGUAAGAAGCACACUUCACCAGAAUCCAGCCUGAGCUCCGAUCAUUGAUCGACAUGUAGUUUUCAAAUCACUUGUUUCCUUCGUCUGCAGAGUCAUUUAGGAAAUGUUCUCGUGGACAUGAAGCUGAUCGAUAUUAAGGACACUCUGCCUGUUGGUUUCAUCCCCAUCCAGGAGACUGUCGACACACGUAAGUGAUCAAGCAGAGUCAAAAACUGAGAGCUUCACUGUGUGGUUCAAAAUGACAAAAAAUAAAUGCCUCUCUGGCCGUAAAUGAGAAGAAUAUUUUCAGUCGCGUGACUCUCCGUCUCUGUUUGUCUGUUUCGUGUCCUUCAGAGGAGCAGGCGUUCAGGAAAAGGCGGCUCUGCAUCAAGUUUAUUCCCAGAGACUCCACAGAAGCUGCCAUCUGUGACAUCCGCAUCCUGGGACGCUCCAAACAGGCGCCCCCUCAGUACACCUUCAUAGGGUAAACAGACGAACUGGAAGUUUAAAUUUAUUCUCAGAAUAAGCUAAAGAAGAUGACACCUUGUUGAUUCUGAAUUUGACGCUGAACUUCUUGUUGCUGUCGGUUUGAGAAAGUUUAGUAGGAGAUUGGCUGUAGCUCUGGGUGGGAUAAACCCCCAUAUGACCCAUCAGACAGGUGAAAAAAAAGAAAUAAAAAAAGUAGGGUGGGUGGGAAAGAGGAAUGUGGAUUGUAAGCACUAAAGGAGAGGAGAGGGGUAGCUUUGAAUGUACAGUAGCACCAGAAGAGGUGUGGUCGAGUUGUGGUCCAGCCCCUGAAACUCUGCUUUGUAAGACCACUAGAGGGCGUCUUAUUCACACUGGAAACAAAAAACAACAGCUGGACUGAAAACCAUCUGGAAUUCUAGUUCCUGAUCGUUAGUGUUUGUUCAUUUUUCCACAGGGAGCUGAACAACAUGGGGAUCUGGUACCGGAUGGGAAAUGUUCCUCGGGCCCAGGACUCAUCUCACACACCGACCUCCAACAGCAUCCAGAACAUGAACUCCUCCUCCAGCUCCAACUCUGUCCCUGCUGCCCCCCUGCCCAAGUAUGUCCACCUGACCAUGUGCAGGCUCGGUCACAUGUUUCCUGCACAAACACACACACGACUGACUGAGCUCAGUCUGAAGGAAAGAGGAUGUUCACUGUCCUUGAGUCCUUUCCUCAAAGGGAGGAAACUGACCUGUGCUUAGAUCACAGCGAGGGGGGGAAACACAGACAAAAGUCUGAUUGUUGACAAAGAGAAAAGGACAGAUCUCUGCUGAUUUCUGAACACAUCUGUCACACUGAAGAUAUUUUUUUUAUGAUGAUCAUAUCCUGUUUCAGUAAAAUACCCUGAAGCUGAUGACUUAGUGUUAUCGGACAUUUUACCUGAGAUUUUAUUUUAAGAAAGAAGUCUUAAGUCAAGUGAUGUCAAAAUGAAAAACACAAAAAUACACUGAAGAACAAAACCAUUUUAACUGAAGAAAGCUUUCCUGUGCACUAACACCGGCUUUAACACCUGCUUUCCUUUUUCUUUUACAGCUCAUCAUUUCCUCUUGAUAAGUGAGGUUUAGCUUUCUGGGUCAAAUAGAAAGCUGAACUUCACUUUGACAAAUUUAGAGUCAGGGCUGAAUUUGUCUCAGGUGACUCCUGAGUCAGUUAAAAAUGUUUGUGUUGAGGCUAAUUGUGAACAGCAGCACGCUGUAAAUAAAUGUGUCAGUGGUCAGAUUGAUUUUAUUAGGCUCCCUUUUUUUAUUUGGCGUGUUCAUAGUUUGGGUUUUGUGCUUUAACUUGUGAUUGUUUGAUGUUGUCACUUUUAUACCACACUAUGACAACAUGUGGAUCUUUUAGCCACACACAAUGCUCCUAUGAUGUUGCACGUCACCACCUUCUUCCCUCCAUCCCUAGGUGGAGUGACUUUUCUAGAUAAUGAUGUUGUUCUGUCAUUGAAGGAAAAAAUAACCUUAUUGUAAAAGUUUAAACUCUGAUGCCUCGUAGGAAUAUGUUUCAUUGAGCUAACCAGAUACUGUUUGUGUUUAUCUUUUAUGUCAUCUGCAGGCACAUCUCCAUGACUCUCCCUGCCAGCUUCAGAGGGAAAAACACCACCAGACCAGAUUAUGAGCACCAGAACUCCAACCUGUACGCCAUCUCAGGUAACACACAGUCCUCGUCUUUAUGUUGUGAAGAACCAAAAUGAAUUAUUCAAGCCAGAGCUUCGUUAGUUACUGUAAAGAUCCAACCAACACACGACACCUUCCAUCUCCGGCUUCCACUCACAGCUGUUUAUUCCAUGAAUGCAGCAGGACCUACAUGUUAGUAAAUCUGUUGCCUCUGAUCAGAGAAAUAGAGCAGCAGUGUUCAGCUUCAUUCGUAAGAACUCAGUUUCAUGGUUUGUUCCUUAGAUACAUUAUGAUUCAGAUUCUGUGUUGUGAAAUAAUUGAAUGUUAAAAAAUCUUAAACCCUCUACCUCUGUCCUGAUGAUGAUUUGAUUCUUAUAUAAAUGACUUUGCUCUGUGGAUGCUGUGGAUAAAUCUGUGUCUGGUUGUCAGUAAAUGUUUAUACAUAUUUGUAUUUCUAUAACAAACAAUAAUGUUUACUCCUGUCGUUCGUCUCUUUCAGCGAUGGAUGGAGUUCCUUUCAUGAUCUCUGAGAAGUUUGCCUGUGCUGAUGUGAGUUAUCCCUGUAAAGUCUUUGGAGUUUAUCCUCCUACACCAGAUCAUAUUAAUAAUUGAAGAAUAAUACACUCAAAGUAGGUUUUAGAUAAGUUGAACUGAGCUCUAACCCUUUUUCCUCCUUGUUCAGCUGCAGCAGAUUGAUCUGAUGGGAAUCAACAUCAAGUCUCUGGCUGAGAUUGAGAAAGAGGUGAGAACAUAAAUCUUAUCCAAGGCUCUCCAGCUUUUUUAAAAUGAAACUGUAGGUGACUGAAUUAAACAUCUUCACUGCGAGGUCAGUCAAGUGUUUACACAUGAACCUUCAGGCAGCUACACAGGGUGAUUCACAUUAUUGAACUUGACCUGUUUUCUCUUUAGUGUUAAAAAGAUGUUUGAAUUCAAAGUUAGUUACUAGUCUCAUGGGCGCAGGCACUAACUAAUACAGUUUGUUUUUAAAAUGCCAAUAAUGAGCUUAAUUAAUCGACUGAUAAAGACCUGUACCUGUUGGUGUCAGAGCCACAUAGAGCUCUCCAACCCUCUCAUUAUUUCUGGUUUUUAAGUCUAAUAGAACAUUACUUUUCUUUCCUGGAAUAACGUCGGAAAGAAAAGGGUCUGGAAAGCACAUCCAGAUGGGACCUGAUGAUAAGAUACGAAGCAUUAUGUGUGUGUGUGUUUCUAUAAGCAGAAACAGAGGUGGGAGAGUGAGUGGAGAGAGUCGUCACUCAAACAAACAAAAAUAGCCUAUCGCGCUGACUGUGGUGCUACCAUAAGAAGCAGUAUUCAGCCUGCAAGCCACUAGUCAAACAGUCAUGUCUGAGACCUGAUCACGCAAAAAGCUGAUGAUCCCGGGGUGGCGGGGGUCGAAAAUUCAGAUCGUUAAGUAACUCUUAGAGGGCGACCAGCUGCUAAAUGGAGUGAAUAGAUGAAAAUGUGCUGAGCUAUUUUUUAACAGCUUCUGUCUCCUGCUCCUCCUCUUAGGGCAGGUUGACACUCAUUAACAUGAUGCUCUGCACAAUGUAGACACAACAAAGGGACAUUUCAUUCUGGUUUAUGAUAAGGAUGCACCUUAUCGGAUUUCUGAUGUGCUUAUAUUUUCAGACUCAUUUUGACCAAAACCAAUACUGAUAAAUACACACUUCUUUAUUAUAACGCUCAGUUCCUCCUGUAACAGAAUAUGUUUGUUCCUCAUAUUGUGACUGUCUUUUUGUUUGUGACCGGACAAACAAGAUAAACAGCACUUGUGAACGGUUGAUUUGAGAACUAAAGUAUGUUUAUGAACACAUGGAAAUGUUCCUGUAAUGACUUACUGUGUCCACUAGAGGCCAGUGUGUUGUGAAGUUUGUAGUUGGCUGAUAUGCUGGAUGGUUGAGUGUGUCUCUGUAGCAUGGAUGAUCAAAGUGUCUAAACAGCUGUUAAAUUUAUGUGUGUGUUAUCUGUGUGUGUCAGUAUGACUACAGUUUUCGCACAGAGCACAGCGCCGCGGCUCGACUCCCUCCCAGUCCAACACGGACCUCCCUGAGCUCUGAGGCCUGAGGACCCCCCUCUGAGCCCACCCCACCUCCAUCAUCAUCAUCAUCAUCUGUGUGGACCUGCGGGACACACCUGAACACAACUACUGAGGGAGUUCAUACAGUAAACACCUGUACUGAGAAUAACAAAGAGAAACAGGGAUCUGGAAUAAACCACUACACAAAUCAGCUGGAUUUUAACGGGAGACUGAUCAAACAGAUUGAUCAGGAUGGGGGAAACAGACAAGUCUCUGUUUUUGGAUUUAAAAAAUACAUUUGUAUCUCCAGAGAGUCGUGAUGUGUUGUUACCUGUGAUAUAAACAGCUCAUCACAAGGGCUUCUACCAAACAGAAGAGGAUUAAAGUGAUCUUUUCUUCUGAAACUUUCUGUACGCCUUCAUACAGACACACAUCUGCAGCUGGAGGCCGGAGCAUUAACAGAAAUAGAAAAAAAACUUCCAGUCAUGGAUUUUAGCUCUUGGGGAAAGACUCUUUAAAUGUUACUGUAAAAUAAUGUUGGUGUGACUGUGAGUGCACUUUGUGUUUGGGGUUUUCAGUGUUUGUUAACCACUCUCUGUGCUGUCUGCGGGCAUGAGCUGCAGCUUCACUCUCAUGAUGAACCACUGUUACUGUUUCAAGGUGUUAAACUAGGAUUUAUUUUAUUCUGCUGCACUAAGCAAACCACUGCUCUGAUCUUUUAUCAACACGUCUGUUACUUUUUUUAAGGUUAGGGAUCAUAUUUUUCUGAUUAGGGAUAACAGAAUACAUGAGUUAUGGUACCAGUACCUACGUAAUCCACUAGUUACUUUAAAUAACUAACAAUAUUUACAUUUUUUACUGCAGAGCAGCCUGUUUAAGCUAAAAUGCUCCUACCGCACGUUCCAGUGUCAAAUCUGGUUCUUAGUAUUGGAUGUUGUUUAAAUGUUCCUCUUCAUGUUGAGCCAGAGUUUCAGUCGCACAUUUUAGUUCCCCAGUUAACCUUUUCUCAUCCUUCACAUAAGUCUGUUGCAUUGUUUCGACCAGCUGGUCAGAUCGAUGAUUUAGACUGUUUGCCACCUGGACCAGACCACUAUCUGAGUGCUCCACAGCCUAUGAACCGACAAUGUUCAUUUGUGUUAUUUUUCACCGUCAGGCUCUUUCUAUUCCGUCCAAAUGUCUAUUUCAUGAUGUUUCCUCUGCUUGAUUUUUAAAUGUUUCAAUACAAGGGCUCACCUUCCUCACUUUUCAAAUAUUUCCUAAAGCUAACAUUUUAUUAUGACAGGAUCAAAUAAGUCAAAACUACCAGACCUGAAUGAAAAUCCUCUGUCAGGUUGAUCCAGAAUUACAGGACGAAAUAGUAAAUACAAGUAUAAGAGUAAAAUAUUUUGUUGCUUUAAUACAUGUUUAACAUGUGUUCAUUGUUCAAGGAGGAGGGAGCUUCAGAGUCCCACAUUGACGAACUUCUAUGAUUUAAUUUCUGCAGAUACCUGAGGGCUGAUUCUGACUGGUUUAAAGAAUCAGAACAACCCUCAUGGCUUAUUAUGUAUUUGUUUAUCUGUGAAACAGAAUAAUCAGGUCUGGUGCAGCACAGUGUGUGGGUAAACCUGAAUAUGAGACAAGUGUUCAAAGUACAUUUCAUACCACAAUGUAUGUUUUCAAAUAGGGUUUUGUUUACUCUGUUAAGGUGAAGUUACACCGUCUUCUGCAGCUCUUCACUGUCUGUUUACUGUUUACAUGAAACGUCUCUUAGGGAUGCACUAAUGCAUCAGUUGAACACGUUACAGGCUGAAAUUUGCCCUGCUGACAGAUGUCAACAAACAGUAUGCCACUGAUCAGUGUUUAUCUGCUGUGUCACUUUUUAUCUCAAAUUUGAGAAUAAUUAUUCAAUCAUUGGUGGAAAGGCUUGUAUUUCAACUGUCCUUUGAUCCAGCAGAGGGUGCUCUUGUCGCUACCUGACUGUUGAACAGCACUCUUGAUCUCCAAAAAAGCAGUGACUAAUUACAACAACUCAUGCACCUUGGCUUCAUGUUUUCAGACAAAAUUUUAACAGUUAAAUUAAAAAUGGUGACUACUAGCAACAUCAUUGACCCAAUGUGACUCAGCAGAUAGUCUGAAUUUGACAGAAUGACAGAGUAUUUGCCCACAGGUUGAUAUCUGUAAACAGAGCGGAUUCUCAGCUGAUGUAUCACUGUAUCCCUGACUUCUUUUUUAUUGUUUGUGCCCAAAUCUCAGUGCCUGCCAGAAACCACUUCUGUUGUUCAAACAUGGUCCAGUAGGUGGAGCCAACGCAAGGCAACAAUGAGCUGGUUUGCCAGCAACCAGUGAACACUUGAGGAAUAAUAGGAAGUCUAUAAAUCAUCAAGUUCAAAUGUAGAGAAAGAAAUAGCCAAUCAUGUGGUGUUUAAGAGUUCAGGAUUAAAACACAAGGAAUCAUUAGCGGUUUGUCGACAUCCUCAAACUUUGGAGAAAGAAACUGCAUCUCAGUUUCUGUCGAAGGAACGAAAAAGUCAAACCAAGCGUCUCUGUUGGCUCACAAACAUGAACAGAGGCGAUUUAAAGAGCUGAUCUAAAAGUUUAGGAGUGCCACAGAAAGUUCUUCUGAAACUGAUUUGUGUUAAAAUAUUAAGUACAAAAAGUCCAGAAAUAACCUUUGAUGUGUUAUUACAUGAAAAUAUCUGAUAACAGUUUUAUUUCCAGUUUACUGUGAAACUUUAGUUUGUUAUCCUGACUUUUCUUCUCAGCUGAUAUUUGUUCUUUCUCACACAGAAAAUAUCAAAACAGCAGACAUUUAACAGACUGCAGGCUCUCAUUUAUCCUCCUUUUUAAGUUUGUCUUUUCUUUGUUUGCUUUUUAUCUACUUUUAAAUAUCCAGACUUUAAAUUUCACAUGUUCAGAUCAUUUCAUUUGUCAAGAAAGUUUUAUCAGUAUCGACACUCCAGCUCCUAGAAUCCAGCCUUCAUCUGUUUCUUGAUAUGUAGUUAUUGUCAGUGAAAAUGUUCAGAUAUUGACUUAAAAUCAGACGAUCACAGCUUGUCUUCUCCAGAGCACAAACCAGUUCUUUAUAAAUGAAAUUGUUUUCAAAGUUUAAGGUUGUGUGGAAUGUCUGAAGUGUCUGAAACAAAGGUAUCUUGUUUUUAGCUCGUGUUAAAGUUACUGUGAAGAGUUUGUGAUCCUGUGCUUCAGCAAACAUUUCUUGUCACCCGUGUACAAAAAAGUGUGCAAACAUCUUGGGAUGCACGGUGCUGAAUUUUCGCUGAUAUUCAACAUGUCAGUCAUUUUGACUUUCUUUUCAUCAUGAAGAUCACAAAGUCUUCAGAAUACUUCCAUACAGUCAUGGGAAGAAUAUUCAGGACAAGACUUUUUUGGCCAAUAAUUACAUCUGCAGAAAUCGUCGUCUUAGCUAACAGGAUAAUUAACUUUCUCUGCUUUUAUCUGCAGAUUUCAAUACUAUGCCAGUAAUGUUGCACAUCUCUGCAAAUAUCUUUGUACGCACUGUCAAGUAUUUUUUAUCCUCCUAGUUUCCGAUUAUGCCACUGUAUUAAUUUGCUGGUUCAGUUUAAACUAUGACCGUGCGUUAGGGCCACAUCAGAGAAAGACAUCUGAUAUUUUGAGAGUUCAAGAAGAUUAAUUCAUGAGGGAAUGAAGUUGAAAUUUUGCAAGAAUUCGGUUAAAACAAAACAGAAAAUGUGUACCUAUUAACCUGUCCCUGUGCAGAAUACACUUGAUUUCUUGCACCACUUUUAAUAAAAUUUUGCUGAUGGUUGACUUCAAUAUAAUCAACAUUAAUCAUUUGAGGGCAAGCUGCUCCUGUGAUGUUCUCUUCAAGGUAGAAUAUAAAUAAGAUAACUAAGAAGUAAACUGAGUAUGUUUUUCAUGUUUAAUAAGAGGAAAAUUAUGCAAGUCUGAAAAUGUGAUUUCUGAAGUAUCAGAAAUGUUUUAUUCUCUGAUUUAGUCUUAAUACUCCUUAGUUUAAACAGCCUCCAUGUUUACCUGUUGAGAUCAUUUUCAGUAUAUCAUCACUUUUUACUUCUUAUCAGAACCCAAACUCUGCUGCUCGUCUGAAACAGAAACACUUUUUUUUAGUUACUUCUCAUUUUCUGAUAAAUCACUAAUGCCUUCGUUCAGUUAAAUCACUCCAACAGCUGUGUUUAAACAGAAUAACAUGUCUUUGGUUUUCGUCAGAUAACACGCUUAUUUUCUUCUUUUACUGCCUUUGUUAGAGGAGCCAGAUGAUCAGAAAGUUAGUUUGACUUUCAUAUUUCCGAAAGUGUGUCUGCAUAUUAUCACAUCUUACUGCAUGGAUUAACUCUUUUAUUUUAUAUUCCUCUUUGUCUAAUUUAUUAGUCAUGUCAGUAUUGUGAGCCUGUUGUUUUCAGGUAUUUGUGUACAGCCUGUAAGAUAGUCCUUUGCACUGCUGACAUGUUAGAUUGGGUUUAAAUAGAACCGACUCAUGUCCAUGUGACGCUCUGUGAGAAGCUACACUCCGCUAUCAUUUCUCAGCUCUGCUGUUAUCGUACUAAUCUGGUGUCUGCAUUAAUAACUACAGUAACAGUUGUAUUUUGAAAUGUCUGAUAGUAGCAUGCAGGUCACAUGAUGAUGUGGUCGAGGUUUUCAACAGGACGAUUGUUUGGUCUGAGAAAUAAAGAGUUUAUUCUGUAAAGAACAAACAAAAACCACGUCAGUAGGAUUUUUAUUCUGAGAAAGUUUUAUUAAAAGAUGAUGGAUUGAAGAGUUUGACCUGAA